UGAGCUUCUCCACGUACAUCUGGUCGGCGAACAAGUGAUCGCCGUCCGCAUUUUGAACGUACUGGCCGCCCACGUACAGGUACUCCCGGUGAUAGGCAAUCUCAGAUGCAGACGAGUUGGCGGCGACGGUGUUGCGUGCCAGGCUUGCCAGGGCGAUCAGCCCUGUCAGAACGCCACUGGACCACAUUUUGGAUUGCAGGGGUAGAAUAUAGAUUGACAAGGCAAAUGGAAAAGGAAAAAACAACAGCAAAGGAACGUGAAGGGAACAAGGAUUAGGGAACGCCCGGAAGCAGCACAAGGUUCUCAAAAGACAAAAAAGCAGUGCCGGCCAGUCCGAUCACAGCAACCGGGUGGAUCCACACACAUACGAGCCUCUCCACUGCAGAGCCGAUCCUCAUUUCCUUCAGUCAACGCCGUCGGGUCGACCAGAAUUCCACUGCGGCGGAAUCCACCCGCAAGUCUGGUGAGCCGCUGGUCGGCGAAUGGACUCAAUGGGGGUGGCAUCAUCCAUCGAGCAGUUGGGGCCCAAGGGAAAAAACCUAAAAGGUUAAAAGCAUCCGACCCCAAAGACGAAACUUAGUUGGCCUUGGUUCAAUUUGUGCCCAUCUCCGAGGCUGUUUCUGCUUUCUCUCCUUCUCUGGUUUCGUUCCUCCGUGGAGAGCUUUUUAGUGUGGGCGUCGUCCGCUUCUCGUUCUCUCUCCCAGAUGGCUGACUUGGUCCCUGCUCGUUCAUCAUGGCGAACACGACGCUGGUGCUGCUAUGGCUUUUCACCUGGUUGACCGUCGCCCUGAUCACCACGCGCCUGCUGAUGCGCAAGGUGCGUCGCAAGCCGUUUGUUCUGGGUGACUAUCUGUCCUUCGCCGCUAUUCUCUGUGCCCUCGUUCGGCUGGCCCUGGUGCAUGUCAUCCUCAUCUGGGGCACCAACAACAUGUCCCUGGAAAUGCGGCAGGCGCACCACUUCACGGACCAAGAGAUCCACCGGCGUGAGAUCGGCAGCAAGUUCACCUUGUGCAAUCGGGUCUUCUACAACUCAUAUCUCUGGAUCCAGAAGAUCGUCCUGCUCGAUACCUAUCGGCACUUGAUCCGAAAUCUGUCCUGGGAGAGACCGACUCUCCUGGCGUACUUGCUGAUCUUUGCAUCCACCUAUAUCACCGUCCAGGUGGUGACCUUUACGGAAUGCGACCCAUUCAAUCACUACUGGCAGGUGCUGCCUGACCCGGGCACCUGCUCCCAGGCUCAACUGCAACUGAUCGUCCUAGGGGUCCUCAAUAUCAUCACGGAUGUCAUGUUGAUUGCGCUGCCGGUCCCCGUCCUGGUCAUGGUCAAGCGAUCGUUCGCUGAAAAACUGCAGCUUGCCGCUCUCUUUGCGAUCGGUCUAUUUAUCGUGGUCAUUACAAUUAUCCGCUUGCCGCAGAACGCCGAACACUCCACCGUGCAGGUGAACCGCACGACGUGGGCCAAUGUCGAAUUAUUCGCCGCCGCGAUCGUGUCCAACGCCCCCGUGCUGUACGGCUUCUAUCGCGGCAGUCGCGAGAACUCGCGCUCGAGAGCUACCAACACCGGGACGGGACCGCACUCAUCGCGCGAUCGGGCGCUGGCCUCGCAGGAUCAGCCUUGGGAAUUGCAUAAGGUCAAUCAUCCGCGACGGACUUCGGCGCUAGGGUCCAAGCUGGCGGCACGCCCGGCGCAUGUCUAUACGGAAAUCCACGGCGAGAGCAGCGUGAGCGUCGAAGCCCGAAAAUCGUGAAGGUUUCAUUUCGUUGGUGGUAAAAUAAAAACGGUUCAUAAGAGUUAUACCAUAAUAAGAUAAAUAAUACCAGGCAUUUUCACGAUGAAGGCCAG